AUGAUUGACUUCGAUGAAAGAUGGAAUACAUCUCGUCGAACACCUCAUCCGAACGCCAACACCAACACCAACACCAACACCAAAAACGACGCCAAUGACAUCGAUUUCGAUGAGACAUGGGUUCACAUGGAUACAUCUGCUGUCGUAGACAACGCCGCUGUCAUUGACAACGCUGCCGUCAUGAAGAACGCUACCGGCACUGAAGAGAAUACUGACCUCACCGACCGGUGUCUGCCAGUGACCAAUGGCGAGUUGCAGUAUUGGGAUAAGAGUGGAUGCCCUUGUGCCACGGGAACUAUGCCAGAGGUGAUCAAACAAUGGCUCAAGGACGAAUGCCGGGAUACGCGCAAGAAGGACGAAUGGAUAAAUUGGCUGAUGGAGGCUCCGUUGGACCCGAGCCAAUUCGGCGGCGCUUGCAUGACGCCUUGCAAUGACAUCGCAUCCCCAGAAGGGUUAAAGUCGGCAGUUGGACGGUCCCUUGAUGAUCUGAAUCAUAUGUAUGCUGACAUGGAAACGUUCAAGGCAGAGAGGAACAAAAAGCUGGACGAGGCACUACAAUUGGACUUUAACUAUCGGUCGGCCAAAAGAGACGUUGAGUGGUACACUAUGGUCAUCAUGAGGUCCCUCGAGAAGGAUGGCGAGACUUGA